UGUUUUCGAAUAAAAUGUUUCCCCAAAAAAUCUCUGAGCUAUAUCGCAAGCCUGAUAGCCACCAACCGCCGCCAAACAUAGAGCUGGCCGGCAACCUCGAAUAUCCCAAUCUCAACGCUGCCGAUCUGAGUGCACGCUUGGAGAAUCUUUCGAUUCGGCUGCAUAGCUGCUGGGACAGCAUUAGCGUCAACGAACAUAACCACUUUGCCCUCGCCACCAAUCGCCGGAAAGGUUGCGAGUGGUGGGGCGUGUUCUUUGGCCACUCGGAGGACAAUGCGAAGCACAUGACCGAGAAGAAUGCGGACUUCAAACUGCAGUCAACCCACACGGUGAACAUUGUUCGCUAUGCGGAAAACAACGUGCUGCUGGCGGCACUGGGAGAUACCAAACUGCAGGUCUGGUCCACAUACUCAAAGGUGCGGAAUCCCGUAUCCCCGUAUUGCCUUUUUAUGAUCGGCGAAUCUGCAGCCCAUCCAUCGGCCAUUAGCCAUUUGAGUGUGUUCAAGGCGGAUCAAAAAAUGGCUGUAACCGCAUCUCCAGAUGGUACAAUAAAUAUUUGGAACUUCGCUGGGGCAGAUCUGGAGAGCUCUUACCGCACAAACUAUGCUCACACGGACAAACUCACGGGCAUGGCCACACCUGUGAGCACUUGCGACCAGUUUGUUACCUGUGAUCGUGGGGGUUGUGCCCGCAUUUGGGACGCUCGUGCCGUGGCACCAUCUUCCAUGACCCUCUACAACGACACUACUCAUAUGAUUAGCUUCACCUGUGCCGCCUGGGCAGGACCCACGGAACUCCAGGGCGAUAACUACAUUUACUUUGGUGAUUUCGAUGGAAAUGUCCAUACCAUAGACAUUCGUGUCCCCAAGAAGUUCCAAGAGACGAUGGAGUACUUUGAUGACAGCAUUAUCUCACAGCUUUCGAUCAAUGGACCCCAUUUGGCUGUCAUGAGCAAUCAGCCUGCUGGCGUGAAGAUAGCCAAAAUGAAUGGAAGCCAUGAGAUUAUCUAUACAAAUAAGGACACGCAUGACCGUCUGACGGACGCCGUUUGGACAGAUGCACAGACACUACUUACCAUUGGACAUGGCCGUAAAAUGGUCAAACACAUUAUACCUUAGGUUUUUAUAUAUAUUUUUUGUAAUAUUAGGACCUGUCCUGAUUCAAGUGAUAUUUGUUUACCAUUUAUAUACAAGAAAUGCACUUUACUUCAAGGGAUUUGUAUUAUAUUAAUACAAAUUCGUGAAGAUAUUUUUUUAAGAGUAUUUUUUUUCUUGUUGAAAGAAAUGAACAAAUUAAAUAUUGUCUUGAGACUUGCCUGUAAC